CUAAUAUUAUAAAAAUACUUCUUUUUCCGCUGCACUUGACUUAACACAGGCAGUGUCCCUCUUCAAUUCGAACUGUCCAUCACCUACGCGCAAACCAACAAAUUUCACCGCAUCGACCUCCGGCAAAUUUCCCGUUCAAUUUUCCGUCGAGAUCCUGAUCUUCACGUCGUAAAACAGCUGCAUCGGAUCCUAGUUUGAAGAUCCAAUACCGUUUCAAAUCUCAGCCGACGCGAAUUUGACCGAUGGCUCCGGUUUCGGCUCUUGCGAAGUACAAGCUGGUGUUCCUCGGAGAUCAAUCGGUCGGGAAAACGAGCAUCAUCACUCGCUUCAUGUACGAUAAAUUCGACAACACUUAUCAGGCUACUAUCGGUAUUGAUUUCCUUUCAAAGACUAUGUACCUUGAAGAUCGAACUGUACGUCUGCAGUUGUGGGAUACUGCUGGGCAAGAAAGAUUUAGGAGUCUCAUCCCAAGCUAUAUAAGGGACUCCUCUGUUGCAGUCAUCGUAUUUGAUGUUGCAAGUCGACAAUCUUUUCUCAACACAUCAAAAUGGAUUGAGGAGGUCCGUAAUGAGAGAGGAAGUGAUGUUAUCAUUGUACUAGUUGGAAACAAAACUGAUUUGGUGGAUAAAAGGCAAGUUUCAAUAGAAGAAGGAGAAAAAAAAGCUCAUGACGUUAAUGUCAUGUUCAUUGAAACUAGUGCCAAAGCUGGCUUCAAUAUAAAGGCCUUAUUCAGAAAAAUUGCUGCAGCAUUGCCUGGAAUGGAGACCCUAUCAUCCGCAAAGCAAGAGGAUAUGGUCGAUGUCAACCUCAAGUCGAGCAACCCAAACUCGUCUCAAUCGCAACAGUCGGGAGGGUGCGCCUGCUGAUAUAAUGCGAAAAUUCCCAAAAGAGAAAAAAGAUAACGAAAACGAAAAUGAAACUAAAACUUCCUUUCGUGUGUUGGAACAUUUCAAUUGGACCAUAAAAAACAUUUAUAAAGUUCAUGUGCUGGGAAACUAAAAUGGUGUCAAAUUUUAGGGUGUGAUUUCGUAGUUCUCUAAGUUCUGUUUGUGAGUUCAUAUCUUGUACCGUUUAUUGGUGUUUGAGGCUAUAGUUUUCCUACUUGAAGGAUUAUUUCAGCAGGAGACAGUAAUGGAUAAUCAAACCAUCUUUGGAAUUUUACUUUUUCUUUUUUNUUUCUUU